AUGUCUUCCCAGGAAAACGAGCCGUCGGCACUCGGGGUCAUCCUCGCCGCGAUGGAGAGCGACGAUGCUGCCGCCGCUCGUGAAGGGGAGGUUGCGGACGAGGGGAAGUGA